UGUGUGUGUGUGUGUGUGUGUCUCAUACAGUUUUCCAGGAGGAUAGUCCCUGGUUGUCAGACGCCCUGCACACACACCCCAGCACACACAGCUGCAGCACCGACCAACAAUCAUGGCUGUACGGGACACUGCCUCUCUGCUCGUCGGACUUCUGGUCUUCUUUCACACCUGGGGAGCAUGGGCCAUUGUGGAGGUGAACAUGGAGGACAGAGUGGAGGUGUACAGAGGAACUACAGCUCAGAUCACCUGUAUUUUCACAUCGGAUGAUGGCAUCGGUGGCAUGACCAUAGAGUGGUUUUAUGUGACACAACAGGGCAAGAGGCAGAGAAUCCACAGCCAGGACCCCACCAUGAAUAGUGUAGAUCGAGGCACACCAUUCACAGACCGGAUCACUGUCAACAAUACCGGAGCCCCUGGGGGGGUGGUUUUGACCAUCGACAAAGUGCGGCUGGAGGACGAAGUGGAAUUUAUCUGUGAAAUCAAAAGUCUAACAGAUGGGCGUGGGGAGGGACGUACAAAGCUGAAGGUGUUUGCAAAACCAGACCCACCAACCAUUGAGGCUUUUCUAGGAGGAUUCUCAGUCAAAGAAGAGAAGCCAUCCAAGAUUGGGGUUUGCGAGGUUAAACAUGGCUUUCCCAAACCGAACAUCACUUGGUACAGAAAUGAGACACCACUACGUAGUGAUCAGGAUGCAGUGAAAAUCGAAUCCAGCACCACUACUGAAUCCAGUGGUCUGUACUCAGUUAAGAGUGAGCUGAGCCUGAAGGUAAAGGAGGAGGACAAGGAUGCUAAAUUUUACUGUGAAGUCAACUACUUUGUUCCUGGAGAAACUAGGAUGACAGAGACCGAACGUAUUACCAUCACUGUAUACUACCCCUCCACAGCCGUAAAUGUGUGGGUGGAGUCACCAAAAGGCAAAAUCAAGGAAGGGGACUCGAUCGAGCUUCACUGCCAUGGCAACGGGAAUGACCCAUCUGCAGAGUUGUCGAUUACAUACCCAGGCGGUGAGGGCUCUUUUGAGGCCAACAUGUUUGUACUGGAGAAUGUGACCCGUCUCAACAGUGGAUUUUACAAUUGUUCCUCGCUGGACACGGACUCCUUUGAAUUGAUCCAGGCAUCUACCACAGUGUUUGUCAACUAUCUCGAUCCUGUUGCGGUGUUUCCUAAAGACACUAUUGAGGUGGACAUGGGAAAGGAGCUGAAGGCCACCUGCAAUGCCCUCUCUUCUCUCCAGACACACGUAGCCUGGUUUAAGGAUGGAAAGGAGGUAACAAGGAAUCACAUUUUGAUCCAGGAGAACGUUACAUUCGACACAGCUGGGACAUAUGAGUGUGUGGUGACUGUUUCUGACAUUGAGGGAAUGAACACCAGUGGCACACUUCAUGUUAAUGUCAAUGGCCGACCAGAGAUCCUGACACAGAACGCUGAGAUAGAAGAGAGUUUUGAGAAGUCAGUCGAACUGAGCUGCCUUGCCAGAGGUUUCCCUGCUCCCAGAAUUACCUGGACCACCUCUGAUGGAAAGGUCCUCAAGACAGUGUCCCAGGAGGCGACUGAGGAGGGCGUGAAGAGUGUGGUCAGUGUCAAGGUCACCUCUGACAUCAUUGCUUUCUGCAACGCCUCCAACGAAUACGGCACUGAUGCAGUGACCUUCAGCAUCAAAGCCAUUAUACACACCACCACACAAGCCGCCACCACCACCACCACCACCACCACUACCACUACCACUAGUAGCACUACCAUUUCCUCUGCCACAGUUAAACCAGAAACAGCUAUCCCACCAAAGAAAAUCAAGAAAGAGGGCAAUGGUGUCAUCAUUGCUGUCAUCAUUAUCUGCAUUCUGCUGCUGGCCAUCUUGGGGAGUGUGCUCUACUUCCUCUACAAAAAGGGAAAGAUCUGUGGCCGAUCUGGAAAGCAAGACCUCACUAAAGAGAAGUCCAACAAAGAUAACAUUGUGGUGGAGAUGAAGAGCGACAACACAGAGGAAGCCAUUCUCCUCGGGGUCAAUGGGGAAAAACAACCUCCCAGCGACCAGUAAAGUGUGGUGAGUAACCUGGACGUGCAGAAGCGAGGAGGUGACUUCAGACACACCAACAGCUGCUCCUGUUCUUCCCUCUCAGGCUCAGACCUGCCGAUGCCUUCAAGCUUCCACCAGAGCUCUUUAUCCUAGAGUUAUGUCAUAGAGAAGCUCAGUUGUCUGUCAGUUAAUAUCCUGAAGGACGACUGAGACUCAAAUCAUUCCAAGCUGCAGCUUUUGCUUGCUCCCUUAAAUCCCAGCACAUUUCUCUUGGAAAGCACCGCAAGCUUUAAUGAGAAAUGAUUUGAGCGCUCCAUGGCAUAAGUCUGAUAAUAAAUCUUCCACCUUCAAACUGACGGAGUGACCUUAAACUGUAGCUCUCAUUUCCGUGAGCCUUGUAAACUGCUGAUCAUCUGUAGAAGAAUAAUUAGAGCACAAAGUUGACCAGGGACUGUUUUUAUACCUAACUAAGCAUCACCUCAGGCAAAGCAAUCACUGAAGAGCAGCCUGAAACAGCUCUUUAUCAAGUGUAUAUAUUAUAAUCUGUGUAUAUAUAUUUCUUUAUUUAAAAUAACACCAUAGAAAAAAAAAACAACAACCAAAAACAAACAACCAGAUAGUGUUUGAUUUUGUUCCGGUGUAAAGAGCAGGGAGAGUUUAGGUUGUUUUAGCCAUCUUGUUUUUUUUUUUUUGGUUGUCUAUGUUUUUUGUUUUGCUUCAGUCUGUACACUGAAAUUCUGGGGAUACAUCGAUGCCCCUGCCACAGCCAGUUCCAGCCUUCCUUAGCUCUGAAAUCAAACAUGUAGGUCAUUUUAAUCACACAUGGAUUCACAUUUGUUGUUUUCCUUUUUUUCGUCUACGGCUAACACCGCUGUCUUUACACUGCCCAGUUUGUGUAUAUUAAAGAAAAUAUUUUUGUGAGACGGGUGAAUCAUCUGUUUAGGAUUUGACAUAGAAGGGUUUAACACUAUUUGGAGUUUUCAUUACUUUAUUGUCUCUUUCCAUCACAGUCUACUUUUGAUAUCUUAUGUGUGUGUUUGAGUUCAAGCUUUGCCAACAACCAAAUUUAAAAAGUUGCCUUAGUAAUUAUGUUUGAGUAGAACCUCCACAUUUUGUACUUAGUUAUAGUUAUAUUUAAUGUUCAGUGCACUGAUUUCUUUGUUAUUCUCCAUGCAGUUGUGUUUCUCUAAUGUGAAACUGUUGUUUUGUUUAAUGUGUUUAAUGUGCAAGUUUUAUUCUCUCUGUUUUUUGAAGAGGAGGAAUGAGGGUAAAUAUGGUUCAUGGCAUGAAGUCAACCUCAUUACAAGGAAAACACACAUCUCUUUUUAAUGAAUCAAUUAAUUCAUGUGAUUGACUGAAACUUGAAAUAAUCUGUUGGAUCAGAGAGACAAAGAAUCCCCCUCAGACCUGUUGCCUUAAAUUGACGCCCACUCUACAAUUAAAUGUAAUUUCAUGGUGACACACUAGCGAUAUUGUAACCUAUAUGACGACUGAGGAGGGGGAAAUGACUGUGACUCCACAUAUGCAAAUUAAGUUGGAAGACAAUCAAUAAUCACAAUGCUCUGUGCAGCUGUCAUACAUAACCCUUCCUGUCCUCUGUUAGUCCGUUUUCUGUUUCUGCUGUUUUGAAGAACAACCACUGUUAAAUUGUUUUGGAUGUUUGAAAUCUGUUAAAUGCCUUGGAGCUGUAAAAUGUUCAAAUUAAUGUCACUGAUGGCAUUCACACCAAUUUACCAAAAAAAAAAAAAAAAAAAGCAUUAUUUGUAGUUUUUGAAAAUUAUACCAAAUAAAGAUUGACUGUUAAAUGGAAA